AUGAAAUAAAUAAUAACAAUUUAAGUGGGUUAAAGUGGAAAUCAGAUAGGAAAUGCUAUAUGGAAUCAAAUGAUGGAGGAUUGUGGUGAAAAUUUGGAUUAAAAGUUUUUUCGUAAAGGGAUUCCUCGAACAUUAUUAGUAGAUAGUGAAGAUAAUACAUUAGAUAAGAUUAGAGGAAAUAAGAAUUUAUCAUAUUAUGAUCCAAAUAACUUUGUAAGUGGGAAGAGUGGUAAAUGUUUGACAUUUGCAAGUGGUUAUUAUGGUUAGAAUGAUUUAUUUGAUGAAAUAGUUGAAAAGAUAAGAAAAGAGUAAGAAUAAUGUGAUGGAGUAUAAGCAGUGUAAUUAAUUCAUUCAAUAAAUGGUGGAACUGGAUCUGGUAUUGGAGCUAAAUUAAUAUAUUAUACAAGUGAUAAUUUUUGUGAUUGUUCACAAAUCAACAUUACUAUAUAUCCAUCAAAAUAUGAAAAUAGUGUAAUUUAUCCUUAUAAUUCUUUACUUGGUUUAAUGCAUCUUAAUUAUAAUUAAAAUAUGGGAUUCUAUUUUGAUAAUGAUGCAUUAUAACAAAUGACAGAGAAUAUGUUUAUUUAUGAUUAAAAUUACGAAACGUACAAUCAAUUAUUAGCUUUUGCAAUGGAUGGAAUCUACAAAUCCUUUCGUCAUAAUUCUUAUUCCAAUACUAAUUUUUAUAAGAUCUAAACAAAUAUCACUCCUUUUCCAAAAUUACAUUGCUAUACUGUAUCAUUAGCUCCUUUAUUUUCAUAUAUCAAUUCACCAAGUCUACUAUAAAUGAGUAAAGAAAUCUACUCUAAACGAAACCAAACAUUCUCGAUGUCUUUAUCUUAAGGUCUAUUUUUAGCUUAACAAAUCAUGAUCUAUGGUAAUACUGAUGUAUUUUCAGUCCAGUAAGAAUUCAAAUAGACUAUUAAUUCUGAUGAUAUAUAAUUUGUCAAAUGGAUUGCUGAUCCAAUCACUUAUAGCGUUUGUCCAGUCAAAUAAAAAUAAUGUGAUUUAAUGGCUUUUUCAAUCAAUCAUCAUACUGCUAUGGGAAAUAAACUUAAUUUAUUGUAACAACAAUAUAGAACUCUUUUUCAAAAGCGAGCUUAUUUACAUAUAUUUUUACAAGAUGGUCUUGAUGAAUUAGAAUUAUAAGAAGCAGAAUCUGCAUGUGGAGAUGUAAUUUCAGAGUAUUGUUGUUGCAAUGAUUAAACUGAUACUACAGAUGAAUGA